GUGUUUGUGUCUUUUUCUUUUUUUGUCCUUGUUCUUCAGUCAGCAAAAGAAAAGAGAGUGAAAAUAUCUAUCUGUAUGUUGUGGAUGAUUGUGGAGAGCAGUAUCUGCGAGUAUGAAGUAUCCCUGAAUUGGUGUGAGGUUUGAUGCAAGUUGAAAAUCAAUGGUAGUAGUAGUAGCAUUAUCACCAUCACCAUCACCACUUUCAGGGGGAAACCUCUUCUCCUCACUCCCCUCCACACCACCACCGACGCCCCCUCACCCUUCUUCCACCCCCCAACCACCAAUCCCUAUCCCCAAAUAUCCCCCCUUCGAGUUCCAAUUCAGCUACUCCGAGACCCCGAAGGAGAAGCCCAUCGCCAUCAGGGAGCCGGCGUUCCUGCCAUUCGCCCCGCCCACGAUGCCGCGGCCGUGGACGGGGAAGGCCCCGCUGAAGAGCAAGAAGGACAAGGAGAAGAAGGUGAGGCUGCUGGAGUCAUUGAACCCGCCGCGUCCCGAUACCAAUGGGGUGAAGCAGUUGGAGAUGGCGAAGCCAUUGAAGCUUGGUCAAUACUCCAGGGAUGGGAAGUCGAGGGAGGAGAUACUCGGCGACCCCUUGAGGAAAUGGGAGAUAAGGAUGCUUGUUAAGCCUAUGGUCUCUGAUAAUCGCCAGGUUAAUCUCGGAAGGGAUGGAUUAACACAUAACAUGUUGGAGUUGAUACAUUCGCAUUGGAAGCGUAGCCCUGUCUGUAAAAUUCGUUGUAAAGGGGUUCCAACUGUAGAUAUGAAAAAUGUCUGUCACCACAUUGAGGAUAAAACAGGGGGGAAAAUAAUUCUUAGAGUUGGUGGUGUUGUUUAUCUUUUCCGUGGAAGAAACUACAACUAUAGUACACGCCCACUGUAUCCAGUGAUGCUCUGGAAGCCUGCUGCACCUGUUUACCCAAAACUUAUACAAGCUGCUCCAGGAGGAUUAACAAAAUCUGAAGCUGAGGAACUACGUCUGAAAGGGAAAAGUCUUUUGCCAAUAUGUAAAUUAGCCAAAAAUGGAGUCUACACUUCGCUUGUAAAGGAUGUCAGAGAGGCUUUUGAAGGAAGCCCUUUGGCGAAGAUUGACUGCAAGGGACUGGAGCCUAGCGACUACAAGAAAUUAGGUGCCAAGCUUAAGGAUUUGGUUCCUUGUGUUCUGCUGUCUUUUGAUGAUGAACAAAUAUUGAUGUGGAGAGGCAAAGAUUGGAAAUCAAUGUUCCCACAACCUCCUCCACUUUCUCGUCCUUCAGAAGCUGGCAUUACAGGGAAUUCGGACAGUACAGGGGAGACUGAAGAUGAUAAUCAAUCUGAACAUGAGGGCAACGUGGUGAACACAAGCCCAAAAAUGUUGUCUCUGUGGAAGCGUGCAAUCGAGUCGAGCAAAGCUUUGUUGCUGGAUGAGUUCAAUCUUGGUCCUGAUGCCCUCUUGGAGAAGGUAGAAGAAUUCGAAGGGGUUUCGCAGGCCGUGGAGCACUCCUAUCCAGCAUUGAUUUUAUCUAAUGAGAAUGAUGCUAAAGGUUCAAUUGCAAGCUUUGAAGAUGACAUAGAAGACAGCUAUUCCAGUCAGGAUGGCUUGGCUACUGAAGACGAAGGCGAUGUCGACAAUGAUGAUGAUUUCCUUGAAGAUGACUUGUUUGAUGUUGUGGACUCAUCUGCGGAACCCGGAUCAUUACCUAUUGAUUUUGUUGUCAACAAGCUGAAACCAAAACUAGAAGAAUAAUGCCUUUUAUAAUAUAUAUUUCUAGCACAACAUGAAGAUCUUGUUUAUUGAGCGAAAAUAGGGUGCAUCAUGCCUGAAAUGUAAAAAGAGAGGGAAUAAACAUGAAAAAGGGGGAAAAAUUCUUUAGUGUGAGAAAAAAAUAGUUAGCUGCAAAUAUACAAUUUCUCAUUCAUCUCCAAUAUUCUUUGUUUCAUCGUUUA